AUGACGCAAGAAUCACCAACCAACGGCAUCAACAAGGCAGAUUGUGCAACAUCGUUCCAUCGAUUCUUCGACUUGCCUGGGGAGCUGCGCAAUAAAAUUCUAAAACUUCUGCUCGCACAUCCUCACGGCGUCAGCAUUGGCAGUAAUGGGAGUUUCGUCCGAGUGCCCCCGCGGGAAGGAGACGCCAACGUGGUUGGCGCAACUCUCGAUGGACACCACGGCCAAACAGUCCUGCCCCUCUCGCUCCUGUUGUCAAACAGCAAACUUGCCGAUGAGGCCGAGGCCAUAUUCUACACCGAAAACGUCUUUUACGCCAACGUGAAGACGAGGCGAUCGGCAAAGGAAAACGCCCUGUCUGCCAGCUUCACCAUCCCCAAGCCGGAACCAAAGGAGCUGGGCCGCAAUCACGGCUACCCGAGCGACAGCGACGAUGACGUCGACUACCGCUCGAUCAGCACCCGGACGCCUUGUCGCAACCUCAUGGGAAGUGAGGCUCGCUUCAAGAUCCGGAAGUUGGUUUUGAUCGUGCAGAGGUUCGGAGGUUCUCUUGGGGACGAGGUCGUUCCCGCGCUUCAAGAUCUCGUUCUACGGGGCUCGCUGCGCUGGCUCGAGGUUCGUUUUGAUGAUCAUCAGGUGUCUCGGAAUAUGAUUUCCAGUCCAUCUGUAGCAUGGCAGUCGAGCAGCGGCGCGAUGGGCAGUGCUGGUUCUGUGCAGAAAAGUCUAAAGAGGAGUGAGAAGAUGCUCGGUAGCAACGAGGCUUUCCUUGCAGUGCUCAGGCUGCUCAACGAUCCUGACCUUACCGUCGCCCGUGCCAGCGUUCCGCAAAAGGAGCACUCACCCCUCUGGUGUCAGUUUCAUGAUGACCAAACCCAGAAAUUUGGCAAUGGAUGUGCGUGGCAUGACAAAACAACCUGCCAUGAUGAUCCGCACGACAAUUUCUCGUUUCAGGCAAGCAAAGGCUCGCCUGCGACUGUUGGUUUCACAGCUCAAGGUUGGAUUGAGCUUGACCUCAAUGCCAUGCUGCGCAAGUUCAAAGGUGAAGACGCAAAAUGGUGGAGCAUCUAA